AUGGCCAAGAGGAAAUUUUCUGGCUUAGAAAUCACUCUGAUUGUCCUCUUUGUGAUAGUUUUUAUAAUAGCUAUUGCUCUAAUUGCUGUGUUAGCAACUAAGACACCUGCAGUUGAAGAGGUUAAUCCUUCCAGUUCAACUCCAACUACGACUUCAACUACGACUUCAACUACGACUUCAACUACAACUUCAACUUCUGGUUCAGUAAGCUGUCCCAGUGAGCUAAAUGACGUUGUCAAUGAGAGAAUAAACUGCAUUCCAGAGCAAUCUCCAACACAGACGAUUUGUGCACAACGAAACUGCUGUUGGAGACCAUGGAACAGCUCAGAUAUCCCAUGGUGCUUCUUUGUAGACAAUCAUGGCUACAAUGUUGAAGGAAUGACAACAACAAGUACUGGACUUGAAGCCAGGUUAAACAGGAAAUCAACACCUACACUGUUCGGAAAUGAUAUUAACAACGUCCUCCUCACCACUGAAAGUCAGACAGCCAAUCGUUUCCGGUUCAAGCUUACUGAUCCAAAUAAUAAAAGAUAUGAAGUUCCUCAUCAAUUUGUGACAGAAUUUACUGGACCUGCAGCUACUGAGACAUUAUAUGAUGUACAAGUUACAGAAAAUCCUUUUAGCAUCAAAGUUAUCAGGAAAAGUAACAACAGGAUUUUGUUUGACAGCAGCAUUGGUCCCCUGGUGUACUCUGACCAAUAUUUACAGAUCUCAACCAGACUUCCCAGUGAAUACAUGUAUGGUUUUGGAGAACAUGUUCAUAAGAGAUUUCGUCAUGAUUUAUAUUGGAAAACAUGGCCGAUCUUUACUCGGGAUCAACAUACUGGUGACCAUAAUGAUAAUUUAUAUGGCCAUCAGACAUUCUUCAUGUGUAUUGAAGACACUACUGGAAAGUCAUUUGGUGUUUUUUUAAUGAACAGCAAUGCAAUGGAAAUUUUCAUCCAGCCUACUCCAAUAGUAACCUAUAGAGUUAUCGGUGGCAUCCUAGACUUUUACAUCUUUUUAGGAGAUACACCAGAACAGGUGGUUCAACAGUAUCAAGAGCUCAUUGGACGACCAGCAAUGCCAGCAUACUGGAGUCUUGGAUUCCAACUGAGUCGCUGGAAUUACAAUUCUCUAGAUGUAGUCAAAGAGGUGGUACGAAGAAACAGGGAAGCUCUCAUACCAUUUGAUACACAAGUCAGUGAUAUUGACUAUAUGGAAGAUAAGAAAGACUUCACUUAUGAUAGAGUGGCAUAUAAUGGGCUCCCUGACUUUGUUCAAGAUUUGCAUGACCAUGGACAGAAAUAUGUCAUUAUCUUGGACCCUGCAAUUUCUAUAAAUCGGCGUGUCAGUGGAGAAGCAUAUGAAUCCUAUGACAGAGGAAAUGCCCAAAAUGUGUGGGUAAAUGAGUCAGAUGGGACUACACCAAUAGUUGGAGAGGUCUGGCCAGGAUAUACAGUAUUUCCUGAUUUCACCAGUCCAAACUGCAUAGAAUGGUGGGCAAAUGAAUGCAAUAUUUUCCAUCAAGAAGUGAAUUAUGAUGGACUUUGGAUUGACAUGAAUGAAGUGUCCAGCUUUGUUCAAGGCUCAAAUAAGGGCUGUAAUGACAACACACUGAAUUAUCCACCUUACGUUCCUGAUAUUGUUGACAAACUCAUGUAUUCCAAAACACUUUGCAUGGAUGCUGUGCAGUACUGGGGAAAACAGUAUGAUGUUCAUAGCCUAUAUGGAUAUAGCAUGGCUAUAGCCACUGAAAGAGCUGUAGAAAGAGUUUUCCCUAACAAGAGAGGCUUCAUCCUUACUCGGUCAACUUUUGCUGGAAGUGGAAGACAUGCUGCACAUUGGCUAGGAGAUAAUACGGCUACUUGGGAACAAAUGGAAUGGUCUAUCACUGGGAUGCUAGAGUUCGGUUUGUUUGGAAUGCCUUUGGUUGGUGCAGAUAUCUGUGGAUUUCAGGCUGAAACCACAGAAGAGCUUUGCAGAAGGUGGAUGCAACUUGGGGCCUUUUAUCCGUUUUCCAGAAAUCAUAAUGCUGAUGGAUUUGAGCAUCAGGAUCCUGCAUUUUUUGGACAAGACUCACUUUUGGUUAAGUCAUCUCGGCACUACUUAAAUAUCCGCUAUACCUUAUUGCCUUUCCUCUAUACUCUAUUUUACAAAGCCCAUGCGUUUGGAGAAACAGUAGCAAGGCCAGUUCUUCAUGAGUUUUAUGAGGAUACAAACAGCUGGAUUGAGGACAGAGAGUUUUUAUGGGGCCCCGCUUUACUCAUUACUCCUGUUUUGACACAGGGAGCAGAGACAGUGAGUGCAUACAUUCCUGAUGCUGUUUGGUAUGAUUAUGAAACAGGUGCAAAAAGGCCAUGGAGAAAGCAACGGGUGGAAAUGAGUCUUCCAGCAGACAAAAUAGGACUGCAUCUUAGAGGAGGUUACAUUAUCCCCAUUCAACAACCUGCUGUAACAACAACAGCAAGUCGUAUGAAUCCUCUAGGACUUAUAAUUGCAUUAAAUGAUGAUAACACAGCAAUAGGAGACUUUUUCUGGGAUGAUGGAGAAACUAAAGAUACCGUACAAAGUGGCAGCUAUAUACUAUACACAUUUGCAGUUUCUAAUAACAAUUUAAAUAUCACAUGCACACAUGCAUCAUACCCAGAAGGAACAACUUUAGCAUUUCAGACUAUAAAAAUUCUCGGGUUGACAGAGACCGUUACACAGGUUACAGUGGCGGAAGAUAAUCAGGCAAUGAGUGCGCACUCUAAUUUCACAUAUGAUCCCUCCAACCAGGUUCUCUUAAUUGAGAAUCUCAACUUUAACCUUGGAGGAAGCUUCAGAGUUCAAUGGAAUCAAAUUUUCUUAGAAAGUGAAAAGAUUACUUGCUAUCCAGAUGCAGACAUUGCAACUGAAGAAAAGUGCGUUCAACGUGGAUGCAUAUGGGCAACGAAUACUGUGAACCCUCGAGCACCAGAAUGUUACUUCCCUAAAACUGACAACCCUUAUUCAGUUAGCUCAACUCAGUAUUCACCGACGGGUAUAACAGCUGACCUUCAGUUGAAUCCUACAAGAACCAGAAUAACUUUACCUUCAGAACCCAUUACAAAUCUUCGUGUGGAGGUGAAAUAUCACAAAAAUGAUAUGGUACAAUUUAAGAUUUUUGAUCCCCAAAACAAGAGAUAUGAAGUUCCAGUACCACUAGACAUUCCAGCCACUCCAACAAGCACACAUGAAAACAGACUUUAUGAUGUUGAAAUCAAGGAAAACCCUUUUGGUAUCCAGAUUCGACGGAGAAGCACUGGAAAAGUUAUUUGGGAUUCUUGUCUACCUGGUUUUGCUUUUAAUGAUCAGUUCAUUCAAAUAUCUACUCGCCUGCCAUCAAAAUAUAUAUAUGGUUUUGGAGAAGCAGAGCACACAGCAUUUAAGCGAGAUCUGAACUGGCAUACUUGGGGGAUGUUCACAAGAGACCAACCCCCUGGUUACAAACUUAAUUCCUAUGGAUUUCAUCCUUAUUACAUGGCUUUGGAAGAUGAAGGCAAUGCCCAUGGAGUUUUGUUACUGAACAGCAAUGCAAUGGAUGUUACAUUCAUGCCAACUCCAGCUCUAACUUAUCGUGUAAUUGGAGGAAUCUUGGAUUUUUAUAUGUUCUUAGGCCCAACUCCAGAAGUUGCAACCCAGCAAUAUCAUGAAGUAAUUGGCCAUCCAGUCAUGCCACCUUAUUGGGCUUUAGGAUUCCAAUUAUGUCGGUAUGGAUACAGAAAUACUUCAGAGAUUGUACAACUGUAUGAGGGGAUGGUGGCUGCUGACAUACCCUAUGAUGUUCAAUACACAGAUAUUGAUUACAUGGAAAGGCAACUAGACUUUACAAUUGAUGAUGAACACUUUCGUGAUCUUCCUGAGUUUGUUGAUAGAAUAAGAGGAGAAGGAAUGAGAUACAUUAUUAUUCUGGACCCAGCAAUUUCAGGAAAUGAAACACAGCCUUACCCUGCAUUUGACAGAGGGGAAGUUAAAGAUGUCUUCGUCAAAUGGCCUAAUACCAAUGAUAUUUGUUGGGCAAAGGUUUGGCCAGACUUGCCCAAUAUAACAAUAGAUGAAAGUCUAACUGAAGAUGAAGCUGUUAACGCUUCCCGAGCUCAUGCAGCUUUUCCAGAUUUCUUCAGGAAUUCCACAGCAGAGUGGUGGACGAGAGAAAUUUUAGAUUUCUACAAUAACUAUAUGAAGUUUGAUGGCUUGUGGAUUGAUAUGAAUGAACCAUCAAGUUUUGUGAAUGGAACAACUACUAACGUAUGCAGAAAUACAGAGCUAAAUUAUCCACCUUAUUUCCCAGAACUUACAAAACGGACAGAUGGAUUGCAUUUCAGAACUAUGUGCAUGGAAACUGAGCAUAUUCUUAGUGAUGGAUCAUCAGUUUUACAUUAUGACGUUCACAAUCUUUAUGGAUGGUCACAAGCAAAGCCUACUUAUGAUGCCUUGCAGAAGACAACUGGCAAAAGAGGGAUAGUUAUUUCUCGUUCUACAUAUCCUACUGCUGGGCGAUGGGCAGGACACUGGCUUGGAGACAACUAUGCACGGUGGGACAAUAUGGACAAAUCGAUCAUUGGUAUGAUGGAAUUUAGUCUCUUUGGAAUAUCAUAUACUGGAGCAGACAUCUGUGGUUUCUUCAAUGAUUCCGAAUAUCAUCUCUGUACACGCUGGACACAACUUGGAGCAUUUUAUCCAUUUUCAAGAAAUCACAACAUUCAAUUUACUAGAAGACAAGACCCUGUUUCUUGGAAUGAAACUUUUGUUGAAAUGACAAGGAAUGUUCUAAAUAUUAGAUAUACUCUAUUGCCUUAUUUCUAUACACAACUGCAUGAAAUUCAUGCUCAUGGUGGCACUGUUAUCCGACCCCUGAUGCAUGAGUUCUUUGAUGACAGAACAACCUGGGACAUAUUCCUACAGUUUCUGUGGGGUCCAGCAUUUAUGGUUACCCCUGUGUUGGAACCUUAUAUGACUGUUGUACGUGGCUAUGUCCCUAAUGCUCGAUGGUUUGACUAUCAUACGGGAGAAGAUAUUGGAAUCAGAGGACAAUUUCAAGAUUUUAACACUCCUUAUGAUGCCAUAAAUCUACAUGUUCGUGGUGGUCACAUCCUACCAUGUCAGGAACCUGCUCGAACCACAUUUUUAAGUCGACAAAAGUACAUGAAGCUCAUUGUUGCUGCAGAUGAUAAUCACAUGGCACAAGGAUCUCUCUUCUGGGACGAUGGGGACACUAUAGAUACCUAUGAAAGAGACCUGUAUUUAUCAGUACAAUUUAAUUUAAAUAAGACAACUUUGACAAGCACGCUAUUGAAAACUGGUUACAUAAAUAAAAGUGAAAUAAGACUUGGAUAUGUCCAUGUAUGGGGCAUAGGAAACACUUUGAUCAAUGCAGUUAAUUUAAUGUAUAAUGAAAUAAAUUAUCCACUUGUAUUUAACCAAACCCAAGGCCAAGAGAUAUUAAAUAUUGAUCUGACGGCACAUACUGUUACCCUAGAUGACCCAAUAGAAAUCUCCUGGUCCUGA